AGGUGGAGAAGGCUUGAAAUAAACAGUAGGACAAAGACCGGAGUACUACCAAAUACUGAUUGAAGCUAACCCUGUCUAAUCAUCUUUUCACUGUUGUUUUCUUCUUCUUUUACCAACUCCCACUUCUCCUUUCCUUUUAUAUGAUUUAACAGCGGUGGGAUAUGCCAGUGGGUGUGUCUGGAUUGUGAGAAAAAACCAGAUGAAAGAGGAGAUGAAUGGAGCAGGGAGUCAUGGUGAUCAGAGCCAUCAGGAUCAAGAGAAUGGGCACGAGAAAAUAGACUAUGUGUUUAAGGUGGUGGUGAUUGGAGACUCAGCGGUUGGGAAAACUCAGAUUCUCUCAAGGUUUACCAAGAAUGAGUUCUGCUUCGACUCCAAGUCCACCAUUGGAGUUGAGUUUCAGACUCGUACUGUCACCAUUAAAUCCAAAGUCAUCAAGGCUCAGAUCUGGGACACUGCUGGCCAAGAGAGGUAUAGGGCGGUUACGAGUGCGUACUACAGAGGUGCAUUAGGGGCCAUGCUGGUGUACGACAUCACCAAGCGUCAAACGUUCGAUCAUGUGGCUAGGUGGGUGGAGGAGCUCCGGGCCCACGCCGACACUUCCAUCGUGAUCAUGCUGGUUGGAAACAAGGCCGACCUGGUGGACCAGAGGGCGGUUCCAUCAGAAGACGCUGUGGAGUUCUCAGAGGAUCAAGGCCUCUUCUUCUCCGAGACCUCGGCUCUCAACGGUGACAACGUGGAGACCGCGUUUUUCAGGGUCUUGGAGGAAAUCUACGGUGUUGUGUCGAAGAAGGCUUUAGAGUGUGACGGAAAAUCCAACGGCUGCGAUGCGUCAAAUCUCAAGGGCUCAAAGAUUGAUGUGAUUUCAGCAUCUGAUUUGGAAAUAAGUGAGGUUAAGAAAUUAUCUGCUUGUACCUGUUAAUCACAUGGAAAAUUCUAUGAUAUCCAUGAUGAAAAUUUUAAAAAUAAUUACAUAUAAUGUUGUAUGGUAUUGAAAAAUUAUUUCCCUACAUAUGGAUUUGGAAUUUCUAGUUUGGUUUAUGGGCUUUUGAAUUUCUAGCUUGGCCCAAUUUA